AGUGCUGGGAUUACAGGCAUGAGCCACCGCGCCUGGCCUUGAUGUAUGUCUUAACUACAAUCUGUUGUCCCAAGUAGUUGCAGGCUAUUUGUGUAUUUUGCAACAUUUUUCAGCAUUUCUUAUGUUUGACCCUAACUGGAUUCCAUUGUAGAUUAAAAACAAAAGAGAGCCUUGUUUCACACCUUCUGAUCAUCCCCAGAAUGAUUGGAAAAUACAAAGACAAUAAUUUGUGAAUAACAUCUGAUCUGCUUUCUCUAGAAUAGUGACCAGAGUUCCACACUGGGAUCUCAGGCUGCUGUCUUCAAGACUGGCACAGAGGACACAGUGGCCUUUGAGGAUGUGGCUGUGAACUUCACCCAGGAGGAAUGGGCUUUGUUGGGUCCAUCACAGAAGAAUUUGUACAGAUAUGUGAUGCAAGAAACCAUCAGGAACCUGGACUGUAUAAGAAAGAUAUGGGAAGGCCAGAAUACUGAAGAUCAGAACAAAAAUCCUAGGAGAAAUCUAAGAUGUCAUAUGGUAGAGAGAUUCAGUGAAAGUAAAGACAGUAGUCAAUGUGGAGAAACAUUUAGCCUGAUUCGAGGUAGUAUUGUGAACAACAGCAUUUGUCCUGGAGAAGAUCCAUGUCAAAGCACCGAGUGUGAAGAAGUCAUAAUGGGUCAUUUAUCCCUUAAUAGCCACAUCAGAGUUGAUGCUGGAUACAAACCAUGUGACUAUCAGGAAUAUGGCGAGAAGCCACAUACACAUAAACAACAUGGGAAAGCCUUCAGUUAUCAUCACUCCUUUCAGUCAUGUGGAAGGCCUCACACUGGAAAGAAACGCUAUGAGUGUAAGGAAUGUGGAAAAACCUUCAGUUCUCGUAGAAACCUUCGAAGACACAUGGUAGUGCAAGAUGGAAACAGACCUUAUAAAUGUAAGUUGUGUGGGAAAGCUUUUUUUUGGCCCAGUUUAUUGCGUAUGCAUGAAAGAACGCACACUGGAGAGAAACCGUAUGAAUGUAAGCACUGUUCUAAAGCCUUUCCUUUUUACAGUUCCUAUCUAAGACAUGAGAGAAUGCACACUGGGGAGAAACCAUAUGAAUGUAAGCAGUGUUCUAAGGCCUUGCCUGAUUCCAGUUCCUAUAUAAGACAUGAAAGAACUCACACUGGAGAGAAACCCUAUACAUGUAAACAAUGUGGGAAAGCCUUCAGUGUUUCCAGUUCCCUUCGAAGACAUGAAACCACUCACAGUGCAGAGAAACCCUAUGAGUGUAAGCAGUGCGGGAAAGCAUUUCAUCAUCUUGGAAGCUUUCAAAUACACAUGAAAAGGCACACUGGAGAUCGACCUCAUAAAUGUAAGAUAUGUGGGAAAGGCUUUGAUCGUCCCAGUUUAGUUCGAUAUCAUGAACGAAUUCACACAGGAGAGAAACCCUAUGAAUGCAAACAGUGUGGGAAAGCGUUAUCUCAUAGCUCAAGCUUUCGAAGACACAUGAUAAUGCACACUGGAGGUGGACCUCAUAAAUGCAAGGUAUGUGGGAAAGCCUUUGUUUAUCCCAGUGUAUGUCAAAGACACGAAAAGUCUCACAGUGGCGAGAAACCCUAUGAAUGCAAGCAGUGUGGGAAAGCAUUAUCUCAUAGCUCAAGCUUUCGAAGACAUAUGGUAAUGCAUACGGGAGAUGGGCCGAAUAAAUGCAAGGUAUGUGGGAAAGCCUUUGUUUAUCCCAGUGUAUGUCAAAGACAUGAAAAGACUCACUGGAGAGAAACAAAUUGAAUGUAAACAAUGAUAAAGUCUUCUAUAUUUCCAGUUCCCUUUGACAUCAUGAAUAAACUUAUACUGGACAGAAACCCUAUAAAUGUAAAUGUG